AUGGUCAGCCGCUCAAGGAAACAAGGCUGCAGGAUGAACUGGGUUACUGGAAUUGUGCUGUGCGUCACUACACCCUCAAGCUCUCGAUUUCGCCUGCUUAAUUUUCUGAGGCUGUGCUUGGUUUUGCUGAAGCAUUUUCUCCUGAGAGGGAAUAGAAGAUCAAAUCCACCAACUAGACAUUCAUCUGAGCUUGACGAUGAGCUGUCUGGAGUUCACAAUGUUGCACUUUACUCCUACAAACAGCUAAGAAUGGCUACCGAUGAUUUUAGUCCGAUCAAUAAAAUUGGGGAAGGAGGAUUUGGUUCUGUUUUUAAGGGAAAACUCGGGAAUGAGAAAAUGGCUGCUAUAAAAGUUCUCUCUCCCGGAUCAACACAAGGAGUAAAAGAAUUUCUGACAGAAAUUCAAGUGAUCUCUGAUGUACAGCAUGAAAAUUUAGUUAAGCUUUAUGGAUGUUGUGUUGAAGGAAAUCACAGAAUUCUCGUUUACAACUACCUAGAGAAUAACAGCCUUGCACAAACGCUUAUUGGUGGACGUCAUAGUAGCAUCCAGUUUAGCUGGCAAACACGGGUUAAAAUUUGUGUUGGAGUUGCAAAGGGACUUGCUUAUCUUCACGAGGAAGUGAGACCGCCUAUUGUCCAUCGGGAUAUCAAAGCUAGCAAUAUUCUUCUCGACAAAGAUUUGAGCCCUAAGAUUUCAGAUUUCGGUCUUGCAAAACUCAUCCCUGCCAACAUGACUCAUGUCAGUACACGUGUGGCAGGAACCAUAGGUUACUUGGCACCAGAAUAUGCAAUGAAAGGCCGGCUUACUCGCAAGGCAGAUAUUUACAGUUUUGGUGUUCUCCUCAUCGAAAUAGUCAGUGGUCGAUGCAACACGAACUCACGGUUACCUGCUGAAGAAAAAUAUAUUCUUGAAAGGGCAUGGCAACUUCAUGAAAGACGGGAGCUUGUAUCACUAGUCGACAUAGCACUUAAUGGAGAUUUCGACCCUGAACAGGCUUGUAGAUUCUUAAAGAUUGGUCUUCUCUGCACUCAAGAUUUUCCAAAACUUCGACCCUCAAUGUCAACUGUCGUCCAAAUGCUUACCGGGGAGAAGGAUUUUGAUGAAAAUGAGAUAACGAAGCCCGGCUUAAUCACUGAUUUCAUGGACCUAAAUAUUAAAAGCACCCCUAAAACCAAGGCUCCAAUCAUUCACCCCACUUCCAAUUUAUUAUCCUCUGGCUCUGAUAAUUUGGACUCAACUUUGUCCUCGGGAACUUCUUCUCAGGCCACCUUCACAUUUACAGCAUUAUAUGAUAGAAGCACUUGA